GCCCAAAAAGAGUGAGUCAACGGCCCAUUUGACCGACGACAAAAUGAGAGCAAUGAAGAAUGUCCGUCCUUUCUCUAUCUCUCUCUUCCCUCUUAAACAUUUUGAUAUUUCACUCUCGACCAGAUCAAUUUUCGGUUAGGGUUCCUCUCGCCGAACCAUCGUCUUCCCCAAAGAUCUCUAGAGGUCCAAAAGGGGCGGCAUGGAGAUUGGGAAAAGAGACAGAGAAGACAUGGAAGUGAUAACCGCACCGAGGAAGCCCCGUGUACUACUUGCUGCAAGCGGAAGCGUCGCCGCUAUCAAAUUCGGCAAUCUCUGCCAUUGUUUCACAGAGUGGGCAGAAGUGAGAGCCGUCGUUUCCAAAACAUCUCUGCAUUUCCUCGACAAACUCUCUCUCCCACAGGAAGUGACUCUGUACACUGACGAAGAUGAGUGGUCAAGCUGGAACAAGAUCGGCGAUCCCGUGCUUCACAUCGAGCUUAGACGUUGGGCUGAUGUUUUGGUCAUUGCUCCUUUGUCCGCUAACACAUUGGGCAAGAUUGCUGGUGGGCUCUGUGAUAAUCUUCUGACUUGCAUUAUACGAGCUUGGGACUAUAGCAAACCACUGUUUGUUGCACCAGCUAUGAACACUUUUAUGUGGAACAAUCCUUUCACUGAAAGGCAUUUGUUGUCGCUCGAUGAACUGGGAAUCACACUUAUUCCUCCGAUCAAGAAGAGACUGGCCUGUGGAGACUACGGUAAUGGCGCAAUGGCUGAGCCUUCUCUGAUCUAUUCCACUGUCAGGCUCUUCUGGGAGUCGCAGGCUCAUCAGCAAAGUGGCGCGACAAGCUAAACCAUGGUCUCCGUCUGGCAUUGGCUUGGUCCUGUUUUCACUAUCCUAGAAUAUAGAUUAUCACUCUGUAUGCUUGUCUUUGUACAUCUUGAAAUAGCUGUGUGUAGAACGAUUUGCACUGGCUCUACUCAUGUAAGUUUAUUUCCUCGCUU